AGCCUCUCUGGAGGAAUCCCAAAAGACCUUCCCAAUUUGGUGAUGUGUGUUUAAAGGCCGAUUUUUCUUUUCCUUUUUUUUUCUCCUCCCUGAUUUUUUUCCUCCUUCCCAGCUGAGUCUGAAGCCCGCCUUCUCCUGCAGCCACAGCCAAGCUGAAGGGCUUCCAGCCUGCUAGGAGGUAUUUUCCGCUGCUCCCUGCUCGCGAGUGUGGCUGCGGGCAUUUUGGCACACUGCGUGUGUGGACACGGCUCUCCUGCUCCCGAGCUAUGGGUGCUGCAGGGGCUGGGGCAGAGCCGUGACCUUUCCUGGGGUGCUGGAGGAGGAAGAGUGGAUUACGCCGUGAACUCCUGGCUCGCAGCCAGUGCCCUUGCGGAAAAAACAAAUCACCUGGAUAUCCGUGCGUGGUGGGAACAGCUUCCUUGGAGCUGGUGUUUUCCUCGCCAAAAUGGCUCACGCAGCCGCUUCCAUCAAAAAAGUUCGAGAGUCUGAAAUCGAGGAGAGGGAGAGAAACCUUGAGAAGGAAAGGAAAAGACAGCGGAAAAUCUCUAGGGCUGAUCGGAAACGCAAGUCUGACAGCAAUGCAAGCUUUCUCCGAGCUGCCAGAGCUGGCAAUUUGGACAAAGUAGUGGAAUACCUGAAAAGUGGAAUAGACAUUAACACCUGUAAUCAGAAUGGGCUCAAUGCUCUGCACCUGGCAGCCAAAGAAGGCCACGUGGGACUGGUACAGGAAUUGUUGGAAAGAGGCUCGGCUGUGGAUUCUGCCACUAAGAAAGGGAAUACAGCCCUGCACAUUGCAUCCUUAGCAGGACAAGCUGAAGUUGUCAAAGUUCUGGUGAAGGAAGGAGCCAAUAUUAAUGCACAAUCUCAGAAUGGCUUUACUCCUUUGUACAUGGCAGCUCAAGAGAACCACAUUGAGGUGGUGAAAUAUCUCCUGGAGAAUGGAGCCAACCAAAGCACAGCUACUGAGGACGGCUUCACCCCUCUGGCUGUGGCGCUGCAGCAGGGACACAACCAGGCGGUGGCCAUCCUGCUGGAGAACGACACCAAGGGCAAGGUGCGGCUGCCGGCGCUGCACAUCGCCGCCAGGAAGGACGACACCAAGUCGGCGGCGCUGCUGCUGCAGAACGACCACAACGCCGACGUGCAGUCCAAGAUGAUGGUGAAUAGGACGACUGAGAGCGGCUUCACCCCUCUGCACAUCGCCGCACACUACGGCAACGUCAACGUGGCCACGCUGCUGCUGAACCGCGGAGCCGCAGUCGACUUCACAGCCAGGAAUGGAAUCACCCCACUGCAUGUGGCUUCCAAAAGGGGAAACACAAACAUGGUGAAGCUCUUGUUGGAUCGCGGAGGGCAGAUCGAUGCCAAAACCAGGGAUGGACUCACCCCACUGCACUGUGCAGCACGAAGUGGCCAUGACCAGGUUGUGGAGCUGCUCCUGGAGCGAGGUGCCCCACUGCUCGCACGGACCAAGAAUGGACUCUCCCCACUCCACAUGGCAGCCCAGGGAGACCACGUGGAAUGUGUCAAGCACCUGCUGCAGCACAAGGCUCCCGUGGACGAUGUGACACUGGACUACCUGACUGCCCUGCACGUGGCUGCUCACUGCGGCCACUACCGUGUCACCAAACUCCUGCUGGACAAGAGAGCCAACCCCAACGCUCGUGCCCUGAAUGGUUUUACUCCACUGCACAUUGCCUGCAAGAAAAAUCGCAUCAAAGUCAUGGAACUCCUGGUGAAAUAUGGGGCUUCAAUCCAAGCUAUAACAGAGUCGGGCCUCACACCAAUACACGUGGCUGCAUUUAUGGGCCACUUGAACAUAGUCCUCCUUCUGCUGCAGAACGGAGCCUCUCCCGAUGUCACUAACAUUCGUGGAGAAACUGCAUUGCACAUGGCAGCGCGUGCCGGGCAGGUGGAAGUGGUUCGCUGCCUCCUGAGGAACGGGGCCCUGGUUGAUGCCCGAGCCAGGGAAGAACAGACCCCACUGCACAUCGCCUCUCGCCUGGGCAAGACAGAGAUUGUGCAGCUGCUGCUUCAGCACAUGGCCCACCCCGACGCUGCCACCACCAAUGGCUACACCCCCCUGCACAUCUCUGCCCGUGAGGGGCAGCUCGACGUCGCCUCCGUGCUCCUUGAGGCGGGCGCCUCGCACUCCAUGUCCACCAAGAAGGGAUUCACACCAUUACAUGUGGCAGCCAAAUAUGGGAGCCUGGAAGUGGCAAAGCUCCUGCUGCAGCGUCGUGCCUCUCCUGAUUCUGCUGGCAAGAACGGCCUCACCCCGCUGCACGUGGCGGCGCACUACGACAACCAGAAGGUGGCGCUGUUGCUGCUGGAGAAGGGCGCCUCGCCUCACGCGACCGCCAAGAAUGGAUAUACUCCUCUGCAUAUCGCUGCCAAGAAAAACCAGAUGCAGAUAGCUACCACUCUGCUGAACUACGGGGCUGAGACCAACAUUUUGACCAAGCAGGGAGUUACCCCACUUCAUUUGGCCUCCCAGGAAGGUCACACCGACAUGGUGACUUUGCUUUUGGAGAAAGGAUCCAACAUCCACGUCGCAACAAAGGCUGGACUGACAUCCUUACACCUUGCAGCUCAAGAGGAUAAAGUGAAUGUAGCUGAGAUCCUCACCAAACACGGUGCAAACCAGGAUGCUCAGACAAAGCUUGGUUAUACACCUUUAAUUGUGGCCUGUCACUAUGGAAACAUCAAAAUGGUGAAUUUUCUCCUCAAGCACGGAGCAAAUGUCAAUGCUAAAACAAAGAAUGGCUACACCCCUCUUCACCAGGCUGCUCAGCAAGGCCACACUCACAUCAUCAACGUUCUGCUGCAGCACGGGGCCAAGCCCAACGCCAUCACCACGAAUGGCAACACAGCCUUAGCCAUCGCCAGGCGCCUGGGAUACAUCUCCGUGGUCGAUACGCUGAAGGUUGUAACGGAGGAGAUCACCACCACCACAACUACUGUAACAGAGAAGCACAAGCUCAAUGUACCCGAGACAAUGACUGAGGUCCUGGAUGUGUCAGAUGAAGAAGGUGAUGACACAAUGACAGGAGAUGGGGGGGAGUACCUUAGGCCAGAAGACCUCCGGGAGCUGGGAGAUGACUCCUUGCCAAGCAGCCAGUUCUUAGAUGGAAUGAACUACCUGAGGUACAGCUUGGAAGGAGGACGCUCAGACAGCCUGCGGUCCUUCAGUUCCGACAGGUCCCACACGCUGAGCCACGCCUCCUACCUGCGCGACAGCGCCAUGAUCGACGACACCGUGGUCAUCCCCAGCCAGCAGGUAACAACUCUGGCCAAAGAAGCUGAAAGAAAUUCCUAUCGUUUAAGCUUGGGCCCUGAAAUCUUGGACAAUGUGGCUCUUUCUUCCAGCCCUAUUCAUUCAGGCUGCAUGUCUGCAAAAAAGGAGGCUGGAUCCUUGCUAACAAGAUGCUCUUCUCCAUGUCUUGAUCUUGACAACAGCAGCUUCCUGGUGAGUUUCAUGGUGGACGCUCGCGGCGGCGCCAUGCGGGGCUGCCGGCACAACGGGCUGCGCAUCAUCAUCCCCCCGCGCAAGUGCACGGCGCCGACGCGCGUGACGUGCCGCCUGGUGAAGCGCCACAGGCUGGCCACCAUGCCGCCCAUGGUGGAGGGAGAAGGGCUGGCCAGCCGCCUCAUCGAAGUGGGACCCUCUGGGGCUCAGUUCCUUGGUAAACUUCAUCUGCCUACGGCUCCUCCCCCACUUAAUGAGGGAGAAAGCUUGGUCAGCCGAAUCCUUCAGCUGGGGCCUCCUGGGACCAAAUUCCUUGGGCCCGUGAUUGUGGAGAUUCCCCAUUUUGCUGCCCUGCGUGGGAAGGAGAGAGAGCUGGUGAUCCUGCGCAGCGAGAACGGGGACAGCUGGAAAGAGCAUUUCUGUGAAUACACUGAGGAUGAACUGAACGAAAUCCUGAAUGGGAUGGAUGAAGUACUUGACACUCCAGAGGAGCUUGAGAAGAAGCGGAUCUGCCGCAUCAUCACCCGGGAUUUCCCUCAGUACUUCGCAGUGGUGUCCCGGAUCAAGCAGGACAGCAACCUCAUCGGGCCCGAGGGAGGGGUGCUGAGCAGCACCGUGGUCCCACAGGUGCAGGCAGUCUUCCCGGAAGGCGCGCUCACCAAGAGAAUUCGCGUUGGCCUCCAGGCUCAACCUAUGCACACUGAACUUACAAAGAAGAUUUUGGGCAACAAGGCUACCUUCAGCCCCAUAGUCACACUGGAGCCCAGGAGGAGGAAAUUCCAUAAGCCCAUCACGAUGACGAUCCCCGUGCCCAAGGCCUCCAGUGAUGGGCUCAUGAAUGGCUAUGGAGGCGACACGCCCACUCUAAGGUUACUAUGCAGCAUAACAGGAGGAACCACCCCUGCCCAAUGGGAAGACAUCACUGGGACAACACCACUGACAUUUGUUAAUGAAUGUGUUUCCUUCACAACAAAUGUGUCUGCCAGAUUUUGGUUGAUAGACUGUCGUCAGACACAAGAAUCUGUUACUUUUGCUUCCCAAGUGUACAGAGAAAUUAUCUGUGUCCCCUACAUGGCCAAAUUUGUGGUGUUUGCCAAAUCCCACGAUCCCAUUGAAGCACGGUUAAGAUGUUUCUGCAUGACAGAUGACAAGGUGGAUAAAACUCUAGAACAACAAGAAAACUUCGCUGAAGUUGCCAGAAGCAGGGAUGUAGAGGUAUUAGAAGGAAAACCCAUCUAUGUUGACUGCUUUGGCAAUUUGGUGCCUCUCACUAAGAGUGGGCAACAUCAUAUAUUCAGUUUCUUUGCCUUCAAAGAGAAUAGACUUCCUCUGUUUGUUAAGGUCCGAGAUAGCACUCAAGAGCCCUGUGGACGAUUAUCAUUCAUGAAGGAGCCAAAAUCUACCAGAGGCCUCGUUCAUCAAGCCAUAUGUAAUUUAAACAUCACUUUACCCAUUUACACAAAGGAAUCAGAUUCAGAUCCAGAACCAGAAGAGGUUGAUAUGACUUCAGAAAAAAAUGACGAGACAGAAUCUACAGAAACAUCUCUUCUGAAAAGCCAUCUGGUUAAUGAAGUCCCUGUACUAGCCAGUCCAGACCUUUUGUCUGAAGUUUCUGAGAUGAAACAAGAUCUGAUCAAAAUGACUGCAAUCCUGACAAAUGACUCUUCUGAUAAAUCAGGCUCCAUUAAAGUGAAAGAUCUUGAAAAGUCUGCUGAAGAAGAGCCAGGAGAACCUUUUGAAAUAGUUGAAAGAGUGAAAGAGGACUUAGAAAAAGUAAACGAAAUUCUGAGAGGUGGAUCCUACAACAGAGAAGAACAUGUUUUGCAGAAGUCCCUUUCCAGGCAAGAACCCUUAGAAGAAGAAUGGAUCAUUGUCAGUGAUGAAGAAAUUGAGGAGGCCCGGAGAAAUGCUCCGUCAGAAGUCACAGAGCCAAGCCAUGUAGAAGUCAGGGUAGACAAAGGGACAACAAAAAAGGGGGAGCUGGACGUGAAAGGAGCAAAAGAUUUAAAAACAUCCAUUUCUCUUCAUGAGGGACAGCCACAGGCCUUACAAGAGGAGGCAGUAGAAGAGAAAGUCAAAGCUGUAGUAGUAAGCAGGGAUUCUGAAAAAAAAGGAAAAGAAUCUCCAAAAACUGGGAAACCAAGCUCGCAGGAGCAACAGAAGGCAGCCUCAGAAGUUAAAAAGCCCGUUAGGACAAAACUAAGAGAAAAGCCAAAGCCAAAGGAAGGCAAGGUGCACAGCAGCGGAGAGAAACUGAAGCUGCCUAAGCUCACUGCAGAUGAAGCACCAGCUGGGGAGCCUGGCCUAAAGGUGACGGGUGCUCCAGAGCCUAAAGCCGUGUCCCCUGUUAUUGAGGAAACUCCCAUUGGCUCAAUAAAAGAUAAAGUGAAAGCUCUUCAGAAACGAGUGGAAGAUGAGCAAAAAGUACGAUCAAAACUGCCCGUCAGAGUUCAGGCAAAAGAAGGCCCUGCCGAAAAGGCGCCUAAGAAACCGGCGCCAGUCAAAAAGCCAGUAGCACACAAAGCCCAGCCGCCUGUCUCACCUUCUUCUAAGACAGAGAGACUCGAAGAGACCAUGUCCGUUAAGGAGCUGAUGAAAGCCUUCCAGUCAGGGCAAGACCCGUCCAAAAAUAUUUCCGGACUCUUUGAGCACAAAUCUGUCAAACAGAAGCAACAGGCCCCUGAGAAGGAAACUCCCCGCAAGAAAACAAUUCCUUCACAGAGUGAAACAAGGCGAGUGUCAAACCUCAAGACAGACAAACAGAAGGACAAACCAAGCACGGUGUCAAAAGCAGAGAAAGAGCUGCAAUCAAAGAAAGGAAAAAUGCAAACUUCCACCAUCGAAACUGCCAAGAAAGCUGGUGGCAAAGACCAAGUCAAAGAGCAGAGCAGCAAAAAGCCAACCGAACCUCUCCCUCCAGUAAUAGUUGCUGAAAGUGCCAAAGAAAUGGCGGCUGGGAAGGGCAGGACUUGUGAGGAUCAGGGAGAACCUGACUUCCAGAUCAGCCCUGACAGGAAAACCUCAACAGACUUUUCUGAUGUUAUUAAAGAAGAACUGGAGGAUAAUGACAAAUACCAGCAGUUUCGACACCUCUCAGUGACAGAGGAGGGAGAGGUUAACUUGGAGCAAGUACUGACCAGUCCUUUCGGCGCUGCUUUUCCCACAGAGUAUGGGAAAGAUGGAUUCCUUCCUGCUCUUUCUCUGCAAAGUGCUGCUCUUGAUGGGAGCUCAGAAAGCCUUAAACAUGAAGGUGUGGCUGACUCUCCAGGCAGCCUACUUGAUGGAACCCCUCAGAUGAGCUCGGAGGAAAGUUACAAGCAUGAGGGUCUGGCAGAGACUCCUGAAACGAGCCCAGAAAGCCUUUCAUUCUCACCAAAGAAAACCGAUGGGCAAAUUGAAGACCCUAAAGGAGCGGCUCGAGUACACACAACAGCAGAAACAGGUUCUACGAAGGAACUUGGCUCAAAGGAAGAUGAAAAAGGUAUUACUGAGAGGCAGCUAGAUGCUGUUACUGAGACUAGGGAGUCUCAUUCUGACCAUGUAUCAGAAGAGCAUGUACCUCCAGCCUCUGAAGAAGAGGCUGAUAAACUUAAAGAAAGUAGCUCAGCUUCCGUUAUGAAAGAUAUUAGCAGGGAUAAAGAAUCCAGAACCACUGCACAUUUCACUAAAUCUUCUGAAACACGUGACACUGCUCUAGAGAAAGAAAAAGAUAUAGCCUGUGAACGCCGUCUUACAGUUAGAAGUCCCCAGAAAUUGGAACUUUCACUUGCUAGCCAUGAUAGUGAAGGCUUUAGCCCAGUUGCAGAUGAUUCUUUGACUAUAAGUCAUAAAGACUCCCUGGAAGCAAGCCCAGUGCUAGAAGAUAACUCAUCACACAAAACGCCCGACUCUUUGGAGCCCAGUCCUAUGAAAGAGUCCCCCUGCCGCGAUUCCCUUGAAAGCAGCCCCGUAGAACCAGCAGUGAAGGCUUGUCUUUUGGGGCAGGGUCCCCUUCCGUCUGCUCUUAGCAAAGCAGAAGCCUGCCCAGAGCUGGCAUCAGUGCGUUCCAGGAUUCUCCGUGACCCUGAGGGAAGUGCUGAUGACGACAGUCUAGAGCAAACAUCCCUCAUGGAGAGUUCGGGGAAAAGCCCAGUUUCUCCCGAAACUCCUAGCUCAGAAGAAAUUAGCUAUGAAAUCACACCUAAAAUGGCAGACAUACCGAAGUCAGCCACCAUCCCUGAAGUCAACGAAGAACCCGAGGACGAUUCGGAAAGUGAACCAAAGAAGAGAUUCACCCCUGAAGAAGAGAUGUUUAAAAUGGUGACCAAAAUCAAAAUGUUUGAUGAAUUGGAACAGGAAGCAAAGCAGAAGAGAGAUUAUAAAAAGAGUUGUAAGCAAGAUGAAUCUUCUGUGGUUGCCAAUUCAGAAGCUUCACGCGAGACUGAAAUAUCAGAGCCAACUGCUGUAGUACAAAAAGACAUACCCACAGUGGUGACACCUGCUGCUGAAUCUAGGAAGAGUUCUUCCUCUUCUGAAAGCGAGCCGGAAUUGACUCGGCUCAAGAAAGAAGCUGACUCAGGCCUCUUAAUGGAGCCUGUGAUCCGAGUGCAGCCACCCUCACCUUUGCCAUCUAGUAUAGACUCCAGCUCUAGCCCGGACGAAGCAGGUUUCCAGCCCAUUGAUUCCCAGCCAUGCUCUGUCAGGAUAGGUGAGGUUAAAGCACAAGGCAAAGGUGACAAAGAGGAGCCGCUUAUCCUUGGGCGCAGCUGUAAGCCUUCCACGGGCACUUGUCCUUCAGAGGGCUGCACGUCAGCAGAAAGUGCAGAAUCAAAGUGUUGUGAUGGUACAGGUGACUGUGAGAUGGCCAGUCCCGAUGCCCCGGUCACACGAUCUGGGUGUACGCCCCGUCACUCUGUUGGUGAUGGCUCUCAAAAAGAGUUUCACGCUGAGUCUUCACUAACAAUGGGGCAGUGGGAUGCUACUGAAAAAGAUGACAAGCCCACGGCCCCGUUACCACCCAGUGAUCUUAUUUCUACGGGAGCUGUGUCAGAGGAGGCAGAUAGUCUUUCUCAUGGACAUGGUACCACCAAGUACUCUGUUCCACACGACAGCAAACUGGCUGAAGGUGACCCCGCUGACCAUUCUGCUUUGGCAAGGGAUUUGGGAAAAGCAGAUACAGGUUGUGAGACAUCUCACAGGGCUGGUCAUGCUGAGGAACCCUUACCAGAGUAUUCAUCCCUAACCACUGACACAGUGGAACCUGACAGCUGUGCAGCAGAUGUUGCUGACGGUAGUGCUCCGUAUAUAGUGAGCCCUUAUGAAAAUGUGUCUUCUGGACAUUUCUUCAUUGACUCUGAAAGUGAGGUAGGAUCUGGUAGAAGUCUGCUAUCUAGUGAAGCCUAUUCUAUUGCAGAAGGGAAAGAUCAGGCUGGUGAAGCUUUACUUAGCAGAGACACAGGCAGUGAAUAUUGCUCUUCAGAGGAAGUGUACAUGGAAAUAGAGCCCAAACCAGAGGAUGGAUUUCAGAUGAUAUCACAAGAGUCUCCGACCUCAGAUUCAACAAAAUUAUCUGAAUCUAACCUUGAGGAUAUAAGAGAUGAAACAGAGAAAUUGAUGGGUCAGGUUGUCAUCACUAGAACUGAUGUGGAUUCUGACAUGUGGAGUGAAAUACGUGAAGACGAUGAAGCUUUUGAAGCUCGGGUGAAAGAAGAGGAACAAAAAAUAUUUGGGUUGAUGGUAGACAGGCGAUCCCAAGGCACAACCCCUGACACAACACCGGCCAGGACACCCACCGAGGAAGGGACGCCACUCAGUGAACAAAAUCCUUUUCUUUUUCAGGAGGGCAAGUUAUUUGAGAUGACUAGAAGUGGAGCCAUUGACAUGACCAAAAGGAACUACCCAGAUGAAAACUUUCACUUCUUCCAGGUGGGGCAGGAGCCUCAGGAAGAAGUUUCUUUGUGUGAAGAAGUGAAAGAAGCAGCAGAGGCAGAAUCUUCACAGCUGAAGGGCUCACCGGACCCAUCUGCGCCUUUGGAGUCAGAGGAGUCAGACAUACAAGAACAAGAUGCAUUGAAUUAUUCAACCCCAUCACCCGAGUCUAGUGAUAGAUCUGAAGAAAUGAUGGGUGAGGGUGCCAGCACAGGCACUGCAAAAGCAGAUCUUAAAUCCAGGAUUCCAAUUAAAAUGGGUAUUUCAGCUUCUUCAAAAUCACCAAAGAAAGAAACCGCUGCCUCUGAAGCUGAGUCCCUCUCCAGAACGGAGGCCGACACAGUCGAUAGCAGUCAGGUGCCUUGCCCCAUCUCUCCUGAGCAGUGUGUGGUAGAAGAUGAGUUAGAUUUUUCCAGAGUCACUCGACUGGUUAGUUCUGAACAGGGUGAGGAGUCCCCAGACUCUUCCCCAGAGGAACAGAGAUCUGUGAUUGAAAUCCCCACUGCUCUAAUGGAGAGUGUGCCUUCUUGUGAAAGCAAAUCCAAAAUCCCUGUAAGAACAGCUGCUGCUGCAUUGCAAUCCUCGCAACAAUCAGAAAAUGAGAGCUUUUCUAUGGACGAUUUCCUGGAUGAUUCACAGUGUGAAGGAAAAGAUGACCAAGCAAAACCAAAGUCUAAAAUUCCCGUGAAAACCACUUCCCAAAAAGCCGAACCACAACACUCAUACACGGACACAUCUGUCCACAAGCCGGAGUCACCCAAAGUGCUCGAUGUGCCGAGCACAGUCCCUGUGAAACCAGACAGCCGCAGUAAAUCGGAAUCUGAUGCCAGUAGUCCCGUGGACCCAAAGACAAAACGUUCCAUCAAAGCUAGGAGCUAUGCUGAGGCAGAGGCAGAGGCCAGGGACAGUGAGAUGAAGUUUGAGCUAGACUCAGAUGAGGCAACAACAGCAAGAUCGAAGGUAUUUUCUUCACGGUUGCCAGUUAAAAGCAGAAGCGCUACAGGCUCCCGCGGUGCUUUUAGUCCCACAAAAGAAAGUAAGGACCAUUUUUUUGAUCUUUACAAAAACUCCAUAGAAUUUUUUGAAGAAAUUAGUGACGAAGCUUCUAAAUUAGUGGAAAGACUCACGCAGUCAGAGAGAGAACAAGAAUUAGUUUCAGAUGAUGAAAGCAGUAGUGCCCUAGAAGUUUCAGUUAUUGAAAAUGUGCCAUCCAGUGAGACUCAGCAGUCAGUCCCUGAAGACAUCUUUGACAUCAGACCCAUUUGGGAUGAGUCUGUAGAGACUCAGAUUGAACGUAUCCCUGAUGAAAAUGUCCAUGACCGUGCUGAAGAUCAACAGGAUGAUCAGGAAAGGACAGAGGAAAGACUGGCCCACAUCGCGGAUCAUCUUGGAUUCAGUUGGACAGAGCUAGCAAGAGAACUGGACUUCACAGAGGAGCAAAUUCACCAGAUCCGAAUUGAAAAUCCCAAUUCACUUCAAGACCAGAGCCAUGCGCUCCUCAAAUACUGGCUUGAAAGGGAUGGGAAACACGCAACAGAUACCAAUCUGACCCAAUGUCUCACGAAAAUCAACCGCAUGGACAUAGUUCACCUGAUGGAGACCAGCGGCAUAGACCCCGUGCAGGGCCACGGCACGCGCGCCUACGCGGACACGGAGCAGUCCUUGGCGUUGGACCACAGUGAAGGGUUUUCAGCACUGCAGGAGGAAGUGUACAGCUCCAGGCACAAGCAAGAGCAGCAGAGAAUAUCUAAGGACUGCGAGCCAACCGAGCACCCCCCUCUGGUCUCCGAGGAAGACGUGUCUGUCAGUUAUUCCCCGUUCCAGGACAGUACUCCCAGGAGCGAGGCAGAGGUGUCCAUGGCUGAGCUUCUGAGGCAAGCACACAAGGAACAAGUAGAAGCUGAAUUCUCAGGGAAACCCCAAGAUGUGCCAGGGAAACCAUCUGCUUCACAACAGGAAUAUUUUGCCACAACUCCAGGAACGGAGCAGUCCGAGGGAGCCGGGAAAGCGGCGAGCGGAAAAUCUGCGUGCUCGAGCACGGCAAAGGGAGAGACGCAGAGAGCGCAGCCUCCGUCCUCUGCACUGAGAGGGGACUCCCCCAUCGUCCAGGAGCCCGAGGAGCCCCAGCUGCACCAGGAAAGCCUCGCUCCAAGGAGAUCCAGUAUCGUCAUAGUGGAGUCCACUGAGGAGCAGAUGGAGAAGUCUGGAAGGGGCUAUGAAGAGGAAUCUUUGGAAAAGGAGUUGGCAGAGGAGUUAGGUGGGCUGCAGCUCAGCUCGGAUGAGGACGAGAUGGUCACCACCAGGGUCAUUCGGCGCCGGGUGAUCAUUCAGGCUGAUAGUAUGCCUGAAAUGCCACCAGAAACAGUCACAGAAGAGCAGUACACAGAUGAACAUGGCCACACAGUGGUAAAGAAGGUGACUCGGAAGAUCAUCCAGCGAUACGUGGCUCCAGAUGGCACGGAGAAGGAGGAAGUGCUAAUGCAGGGAGCACCGCAAGCCCCCGUCAGUGUGCAAGAGGGAGAUGGUUAUUCCAAAGUGGUGAAGCGAGUUGUGCUGAAGAGUGACAGUGAGCACUCAGAGGUGACUCUGUCUGAACCUGCUGUUCUCUCUAGUGCCUCCAAAUUCCAGUCCGAACCAGUGGAGGGCCGGAAAGUCAGCAAGGUCAUCAAGACCACUGUAGUGCAUGGAGAGAGGACAGAGAAACACCUGGGGGAUGCCAGCCUGGCUUCUGAUCUUCCAUCAGCCAAAGAGGACUUUGAAGAGGCUUUGAGCUAUACAGGUCACCACAUAAGAGUGCAAGCCCCUGCUUUGGUAGAGAAGGAAAUCCAGAAGGACGAUGGAUCAGUAAUUAAAAGGACAAUACUAAGUAAAGCCAGCACACAGAAGAGGACCGUGAUGAAGGACCGCUAUGGAAAACACGUUCACAUCGAAGAGCUGGAAGACACCCCAGAAGCGCUCCCCAGGGAUGACCUCCAGCAUGACCUCCAGCAGCUUCUCAGGCACUUCUGCCGAGAGGACUGGGCACAGGAGGCCAAGUGAGAAGCUGCCGCCCCCGCACCGUGCCACGUGACCCCUCCCGUACGCAGCUGUCACCGUCCCCGGGUAGCAGAGUCAUCACUGCCACUCCUACCGGUGCAGCUGCAGUGAAUUUAUUUCUCCCUAUCCCAAGUUUCAUUUUGUGCUGUUAUGAUUUUUCACCCUGUAAGCUAAUUUGUGACCAAAGAUAGCAUCCUUCAGGCAGGAUGAUUUAUCCGCCACAAUGGCACCCCGUCAGCAUCACCACUUGUCCCUGUCCCCUCGCUCUGGCACUCGCUUACUGACACGGCCCCUGCCAAGCAGACUUCAUCGACAGGCCUCUUCCUCUGACUGUGUCCAUGCACCGAACAAAGGAGUUGACGUGUGAGCUGUAAAUAGCAGAGUAUUUGAACUCAUGAGUCCGCAGAACACUCACUGCCCGUUGGUGUCGUGGCUCCGAGUGCGGUGACCCCGCGGAACGGUGACGCAUCACUCGGCGGCGGCACCCGGACUGCAAACGCUGACUGACCCAGGAGGAAGCGCUGCAGGGCUACCGAGCACUAGGACUUGCUGCUCAGAGAUCCGGUCUAGGCAAAGGCUGCCAGAGUCAGGCACAAGGCAGCUGCUCACAUCAAUUACAGCUGACUGUGGCCAUUAAUAGUACAGACACCUCCAGACAGCCACUGGAACAUUUCCCCUCCAACAAAGACAAAAUUUCACACUAGGUACCCAAGUUGCUAGCAGCUCUACCUGCAGCACGCUCACAUAUGGUAUUAAAGCCUAUAGAUCCGGACCUGUGGUGGGGUGUAGUAAACAAUCCUAACUCCGGUAGUUUCCCGUUUCCAUCACCACUUAGCCGACCUCACCAACCGGCUGGGGGUGCUUCCUGCUGGCCACUGCACUGUAGAUAAUAACUACGGGACAAAGACUUACCCACUAUACAAGGAGAAUAAUUAGGUCACCGUGUUUUAUCGAGAUUGCCUCUUAGCUGAUACACGCAUGUGGCAUUUGAAGGUCAAAACCAAACCCUCCUAGAACCAUGUCAGCUUCUCGGCCCUCUUAGCACUGAGCGAGCAGUUUUUAUCUUCUGAUCGAGUGUUUUUUAAAGAACAAGUGCUCACAAUCCUCGGCAGCCCAUUUCUGUUAAUAUUUGUUAUGUAACUAUAUAUUAUAUAUAUUUCUAAACUGACCCUGUGAAAACCACACUAGCAUGUCUGCACUUUUAUUUUCCGAAAGGGGAACAUAGGGAUCUGAAGUUCUGGGUGUUCUAUACCUUAAUAUUUAAUGGAGGGAGCUCUGUAGGGUUCUAGCGUAACAUGCAUACACACAAACACACCAACUUAAUGCUUUUCAACAGCUAUUUCAGUUUUUUAAGAGUAGCCUCAGUAGCAGAAUAAAACCAACCCUCCUCUAGGAGCAAUCCUUUGUCCAAGCUUAUCUGGCCUUCUACAAUUAUAGAGUUAUUUUCUUUGUUUGUUUUGUUUUGUUUUGUUUUCUUUUAUUAAUGACUCACUCAGUGCUCAGAGCAAGGGCACUUCCUCAUUAAGGUAAUGAUGCCAAAAGCAUGGAAACAUCUCUGGAGCUCUGGCUUCCUAUGGGCAAAACCACCUGAGAUGCCAUGCUGACACUUUUUGGGCAGGCAAGAAAGGAAACUAAAAGAAAAAAGUGUUUUGGCAGCCAAACCGAAUGAGACCCGUGAUGAAACAUCUCACAGCGCAUCGUGGCUUCCUGACUGUCCGAGACAGCACAGGAGGGUCUUCAAGGAUGGGGCUCUCAAGAAAUGCAUUUCUGUUGUGUUAUUUGCGGUGCAGAUGAUGUUCUGUGUAACAGCAUAAUGGUUAUUCACCUCUUACUUUGAUUUUUUGCUGUGUUAUCAGAGAACUUGAAUACUGUGAGAAGAAGUGAAUUUUAAGUUGAUGAAUCAGCAUCUUGUUCCCAUGGUGAUAACACUAAUUGAAUAUAUCUAUGAGGGCAUGUAUUAGUUUAAAAUUAAAAAGAUACAACACUAACAAUACAUGGCUGCAAUGUGUACAAUGGCUGAUUUAACUAAAUAAAAAUGUACAAGUGUUAAAUGUA